AUGUGUAGUGACAAUCAAACCGUAGUCUCUGAUUUCUUACUUCUUGGAUUCAAGACUCAUCAAAACCUUAAGCUUCUACUCUUUUCUUUGUUUCUAGUCAUAUACAUUGUCAUAUUAGCUGGAAACACCAUGAUUAUCAUUUCUAUUUCACUGGUUCACUUUCUGGAUAUUCCUAUGUUCAUUUUUCUGAAGCAUUUGGCCACGGCAGAUGUAUUGGUCACUACAAAUAUUAUACCUAAUAUGUUGCAUGUCAUCAUAAUGGAAGGUGCUAAGAUAUCUACCAAGGGUUGCCUCACCCAAUACUACUUUCACUGCAUCUCAUCGAUUGCUCAGUCAUUAGUGCUUACUAGCAUGUCUUUUGACCGUUAUAUAGCCAUCUGCCACCCCUUACGUUAUUCUUCUGUUAUGAACUAUAGGCUUUGUCGCCAUCUUGUUUUUUGUUCUUGGGCCACAGGAAUCCUCCUAAUGGCAACUGAAAUGGUUUUCUUGUCUCAACUGAAGUUCUGCAGUUCUAAUAUCCUUGACCAUUUUUUUUGUGACUUUGCACCUAUCUUAAAAAUUACAUCUUCAGAUACUUCCUUGGUCACAUGGGAAGACUUUAUCUUCGCGUUACUUUUCUUUUUUGUUACAUUUUUAUUUGUCAUCGUAUCGUAUGCUUGUAUUUUUUUAUCCAUACUUAAGAUCUCUACAAGGACUGGUCGGCAGAAAGCCUUCUCCACCUGUAGCUCUCACUUGGUCACACUGUUCACUUAUUAUUGUACUAUUAUUACUGUCUAUAUAUUUUCAGUGGAUGAGAGUGCAAUCAAUGAAAACAAACUGAAAUCUCUUUUAUAUGUUGUUUUGACCCCUUUUAUUAACCCCAUUAUAUACAGUAUUAGGAAUCGAGAAAUAAGGAAAGCAUUCAAGCAAUUAUUAUGUAAUAGGAAAUAG